AUGUCUGCGUCACCGUUCCAAGUUUCGCUUUCGCCACAAGACAUCGCUCAAGCCCAAGCACUCGUGAAUCAAUUGUACUCGCCUGUUAUCCCAUUUUUAGAAUCAUCUGACCCAAACGUGCAAUUUUUCGGCGCCUUGACCAUCCAGGUUAAGAUAGCACGCGACUGGGACGCAUUUCCACAAGAACACGCCAUCACACUCCGGGAUACCUUGCUCGAACUCACAGGCAGAGCCGCAACGAGAAACUUGCCACCUGUGAUCACCCGAAAGCUGUUUGUUUCGGUUUGUUCCCUUGCCUUGCGUCUUGCACCCACCGAUCGCGAGCAUCCCGAAUCACGAUGGCCAAACUGGAUCCUUGGUACUGCUCAAACACUUAGCGCCAACGGAGCAUCCCCCGGAGUCGUACUAGAAUUCCUUACUAUUGUAGCAGAAGAGGUCGGGCGCUCGGAUUGGUCGCAGAGAAAAAGUAAGUUUGCUUAUGCUAUGCACAUCCCACCCUGGGCGCUGGUAAUAUGUCAAUAUGGAGGGUCCCAAAUGGAUUUGAUCCUUCGCGAUGCGGCUCCAGCAGUCGUCCAAGCCGCAUCUUCGUCCUUUGGUACGCAUGGGCGUACGGCGCUAAAGUGUCUUGAAGCAUGGAUUAGCUGGGGAAUUCCUGCCGAUAAUAUAACCCCAUUGAUCCCUCUUCUGAUCGACCUACUCUCGCCAAACUCGGACGAAGACAACUUUGUAGCUGCGUCUGAUGUAUUACAAGAGAUACUAACCAAGUCGUCGUUGUCUGAAGGAGGCGCAGGACUCCGGACUCUCACCUUGCCUCUGCUCGAAUGGGUUUCGCGGGUCGGAAUCGAGAUUAUGAACCAAGCUGUGGCUUCGGAGGAUUCGGGGGCCGUUUCUCACUCUGUAUGCAAGUUGAUAACCGCCUUGGGUGAACACUCGACCCAAUAUCUGGCUGCUCAUUUGAACGAAACCAAUGUUCAAAAAUUCAUGGAGGUGGCUCUUGGCUACACAGGGUUCCCCGGGUGGUACGGCGUGGAUGAAGAGGAGAGCGAGAUGGUAUUGCCAUUCUGGUACCUGCUCGAAGAAGCCUUGUUGGAUGCUGAUUAUGUGGGCGAUCAAAAUGGCGAGCUGUGGGGUGUGGCCAAGGCGAUCUAUCUGCAGCUCGUCCGUAUUUUGCAGCGCAAGGUGACUUGGCCGGCCGAGCCUGGAUGGCCUAAAGAUCAACGAGAGAAGUUUUCAAAUUAUCGACGGGAUGUUGGGGAUGCACUGAUAAAUGCAUAUUAUGUGCUCCGGGACGAGAUGUUACGCGAAUUGGUGGAUCCUCUGGUAGAGAGAUUGGUGAAUGAGCCUGUAGACUGGGAGAGCGUAGAAGCUACUUUACACAACAUCAAGGCCAUCCAAGAAGCGUUGCCUGUGGACCCAAAUCCAUCUCUCGCGACGCUGUUCGGACCUCGCGUUCUUGGCCGCCUUCCGCGCGCCGGGACACACCGUGUACGCCGCACGGCACUCGCAACCGUAGGCGCGUACGCAACAUGGUUCACGACCGGAGCACGAACGCGCGCGAGUACACCCGCAGGAGACGACAGCGACCGCGUCGGCCCCCAAACCGCUGCCGCAAACGGGGCAAAUUUGGCGGUUCCGAGUACCAACGCGGGCGAGGGUGCCAGCUUGCUGCUGGACGCGGUUGGCUACGUUGUUGCCGCGCUCGAGGAACCGGCCGUAUGCGGAGACGCGGCUCGCGCGCUGAAAGAGCUGUGCGAUGCCAAUCGUGUGCGACUUGCGCCUCAUAUUCAGAGCUUUGGCGAGCUGCAUCAGCGAUUACCACGGAUCCCGGCGAACGAGAAGGGCAAGGUUCUGCAAUCGAUUGCUAGCGUUAUUCAAGCUUUGCCUCCUGCCCAGGCUAUCGAUCCUAUUUUGGUAAUAUUCUCGUUCUUAUUUGCUGUUGCCUCGCCUCCCGAAGCCAUUCGAGAUGCGACCAUCGCUCACUUAGGUGCAUUGACUGCAUGCAGCAAGGGUCUCACUCGUUCCACCGACAUCUUCACAUUUGCACUCGAGGAUCCUGAUACACCCGAGGGCCAGGCUCUCCUGCUAUCAAUCGAACAGGCCCGGUCCGAUUCCAGGAUGACUCUGCUUCGAGAAGAAAUCGUGAGGCUUAUCGGUACGAUUAUGGCCAGGUGGUGCGUGGACGCGGAGGUCAGCACGGCAGUUAGCGAAUUAAUCAAAUCUAUCACUGCUCUUCCCUCGGAUGCAACUUUGCUCUCGUUAUCUCCCGAGCCGCUUCUUGAGCUUGUAUGCACGGCAGCCAGGGUUCAGCUGACUGCGGUGUGGCUAUCGCUCGCUGCGCUCUUGGUUGUCCAACUGGACCCACCGAUGUGGCCAAGGUUGAACAAGGAGAGUGAUGUGGAGGUUCAGCGCCGGACGGGGAUUGUUGCACAGGCGACCACCCAGGACUUUUUCGGGUACCUUACCAAGGUCGGCGGACAUUUCCCCAGAGUCAUCCUUGAAAUGUCUGGGGAUAUAGCCGAUGGAUUAUUCCGGAUUACGGCGACCGCGCUGACCUUGCAGGAACGAUACUCGCUUGUCAACGCAUGCAACUUUAUGACCAUGUUCCUUCGGAAAACGCGAAACGACAGCGCCCUUGUUGCGCCUGCAGAUGCCCAAUUACGGAAACAAGGGGCGAUAUUGAUGGAAGCGCUCUUGCUCGGUAUCGGAGGCUCCGCGCCCCGAUCCACGGUCCCGAACCUCGCUGAGCUCUUGUCGAAUCUUGUCUCGCGGGUCCCCAACGAGGCUCGAACGUGGAUGGGCUCCGUUUUGAUGGCAGAUAACCCUAGCAAUGCCAAGAUACCUGCGGCGGCGAGGGAAAAGUUUAUGAAGGCCGUGCUUGGGUAUGUGGAUACUGGCUUCGUUGAGGAAAUCACUGCUGACGUGGCUGCAAAUAGAACGAGAUCCACCAAGAAGACGAAAGAAGCUGCUAAUGAAUAUGCUCUAGUCGCCCGAGGGUUGGAAGGAUCAGCCUUUGGAUAUGCAACGUCAGCGCCGGGAUCAUGGCUCGACUGGACUCAAUCCUCUAGUUUCUCUUGCCGAGUAUACGGUGGCGAGCCAGUUGGCCGACUCUCGGGCUCCUUCUCCGCAGCCUACUCGAACACUGAAGAACUUUAUGAUGACCCCAUAAAACUUGGUAUCUUGCCUGAGGAUUCUGUAAUGGGGCUAUUCUACUCAUUUCAUUCGACACUUAACCCAGUAAUCGCUCUACUCGACCCCACACUUCAUACGCCUAUUUACGUACGACGAAGAUCCCGGUUGUUAUAUACAGCUAUUCUGGCGGCUGCAUGUCGAUUCUUCAAGCCAUCUCAUUUCAAGCCAGUUCACGAUUUGGCUCAACUUCUCUUGGGAAGAGCACUAUCAGAUGGUAUAAGCAGUGUCGAGUACAUCCAGGCACUUCUAAUCAUGACGUAUUGGAAGGAGGCGGAAGAUAAAAGUACCUUUAGGAAGUUGGGAUUGGCUAUCAGGAUGGCCUUUGAACUCAACUUGCAUCAUGCCAGGGCAGAACCUUUGCCCGUUAACGAAUUACAAGCGAGGGAGCGGCUGAAUGAAGAACGUACCUGGUUUCGUGAGUGUGCCUCUGACAUGGUUUUUUUUUUAUUACGACUUAUGGUAUGGGAUUCGUUUCGUCACUUUAGAGCUUGCUGUUUGCGAUCUGGCAACCAGCCUUCGACGAGGGAAGCCCCGAAUGAUACCAGAAGAGCAUUUUCCACAAGGCGGGCUACAAUGGCUCAGAAACCAUGCCAGGUUUCCUGCAAUGCAGAUAUUGUGAUAGUGACAAGUCUCGAGAUGAUGUCUCAUUACAACCUCUUCCGCUCUAUUCGUUCAGUAGUAACGCCUCUAAACCGAGUUCAAUUCGAGCCCUUUAUUCGCCAUGUAAUCAGUGGAGGUGAAAAGUUUUUAGAUGGGUGGCGGUUUGAGACUGUGGAUCCUACUAUUUCGCCGAUUUCGAAGAGUUUUCUUCGGUUUUAUCAUAUGCGCAUGCGACUUGCAUUAGCAGAACUCAAACUAGUUCUAGUCUACAACCCUUUGCCAGGGGCAACGCAUAUACUUCUAUUGGAUUGCGUCAGCGCAGCUUUGGCUCUGCUACGGCACAUCACCACAGAGUUUGCCCCGAAUGGAUAUCUCGCGUAUGGGCAGGACAUUGUUCCGUUUGCUACCGCCUAUGCUGGAGCAUGGCUGUUCAAGAACCUCCCUCGAUUCGACGAACAGCUUCAGAACACGACGCUAGAGGCUUUCAGGUCUCUCUCCAACGCCUGUCGACUCCAACCACCAACACCAGGCAAUGCUCCACUAUAUUACGCCAAAUUCUUCGAGCAUUUAUCGAAACACGCUUCUUUACAGAUUAAUAGCGUUGCCAAUCCUGCGUCUGCUAGCAUGCCAUCGGCUUCACUUGAUCUCACGCUAGACAUGAGCCAAAUGCUGCCACAUGUACCGCUUCCGGAAGACAUGAAUCACACUUGCCUCCAGGAUUAUGGCGAUGGAGGGACUAAGGAAUUGGGGGAACAAUUUGAAUUACAACGGGCAGUUCUCAGUGUCAACCUGAACAAGGCUGAGUGGGCAUGGUCACUUUGGGGAUAA